AAAAGUAAGUCUCCAACAUUGCCUAGCCCUAGCCCUGCAACAGCACAGAGACAAAGAAAGUUUCAGUGUUCUAUAUGCAAACGUGCGUACAUCUGGAAGCGCAACCUUACAAGACAUAACUUAAAAGGUAAAUGUACGCCUAUUCUUUCAAGCUCUGCAACUGCAGUCAACCAGGACAAUGGCAACCCCGCUUUAAACUCCAGCGAACACCCUUCAAGCUCCAUCAAACCCCUUCAAACUCUGGCAAUUUCCCUCCAAACUCCAUCAAGCUCCACUCCAAAAAUUAUUCCAGUAGUGAGGUGCAAGCCUCAAAAGUAAAUGAAAUUUCAAAACAUGUCAAUGUUGGAGUUGGCACAGAAACUAUAAAAACUGAGGAGCUGAACACAGAAUUUUCUAUAGAAGGAAAAAAUCUGACCUUGUUAAAGAUACCUUCGCCAUCUCACAAGCCACUCGAUCAGUUACCUUCACCAUCCUUUGUGUCUAACUCCAAACCAGCUGAGUCAACAAAAACUGAGCAAAAUGUUGAAUUGCCAGCCAACGUGGUUGAAACCGAAGCAGAGGACCAAGAUCAAUACGAAGAAAAGCAGUGGACCAUGCCAUUGGACGAUGCUGAAAUUGAUGUAUUAAUAGAUGGAGAUCAAGAGGACAUGGAUAAUGAGGACAAUUUUGCAGACGUGGCCAAAAAAGACUCGAAUGAAGAUGAGGAUGUUGUCAUUGUGGAAUCUCCUGAUGACUUGGAAAUGGACUCACUGUGUCCUAGCAAUGGGUUUAAUGUGCAUGUGAGUGAUGAAGGUAUAAAGCGGUUUGUUUGUGCCGGAUGCCAGAGAUCUUACUCCCGGCGGUUCACUAUGAUGCAACACUUGAGCAUUUGCGGGGCGAGGAAGUUAAAACAGCAAAAACUUUUUGAAAAAACAUCAUCCGGUGUCCCCGGACCACUUAGAAGGUUUCCAUGUCCUCAGUGUGGCAAGUUCUUCAGCCGCAAAGACAACAUGAAUAUGCACAGAAAACGAUGCAGUGGAACAAUCCCCAAUCCUCCAAUUGUGCCCAGCAUCGUGGAGAACAAAAAUCCACCAGCUCAGGAAAACUUAUUUGUGUUGUCACCGUCUACAGAAACCCCAUCAGCCAGACCUGAGAGCAGUCGAAGUAGCAGCAGCAACUGGGGAAUUAUGUCGCUGCCCCCAGUGCUCCCAAGAAGAGUGACUUGCGAAUGUGGAGCCUCUUUCACGUGUCCUAGACUUCUCUUUGAACAUCUGCAACUUCAUGCACAGGAGUCCUACAUUUGUCCUCACUGUGGUGAGAACUUGCAGUCCUGGAUGGAUUUUGAAGCACAUCAACAAGUGCACAGGCAAUCUCAAAACCAAGUGGUUGAGCAGAGAGGGCCACAGAUGCACCCUCGUCAAUUUCCCCAGAUGACACGAUUACAUGUUCCAACUCAGCAGCAACCUCUGCCAUUUUCCCAAGUGCUACAAUCACAUAUUCCAUCAGGGCUACAACAACCUCCUGGGUUUCAGACAUCAGAGAUUAACCCAAAAGCACAGCCAUCUGCACUCCUGCCGCCACAGAAAUUAAACCACAGUCCGUAUCCAGAAACGGUGACGUGCUAUAGAUGCAAAAAGAGUUUUUCAGGUCGCCGUUCCUUGUUAAGACACCUACGGUUGAGUUGCAGGGGUGAUGCUGCAGGUCCGAAGAAACCCUCGGUACAGAUUCCAAGUAAUGCCACCAAACCCACGUUCAAACCUCUUCGUUGCCCAGUGUGUGUGCGUUGGUUCAGUUGUCUUGACGGGCUGAAGAGACACCUGGUCUCACACAGCAGGCAACCCACUUUGUCAUGUCAGCAGUGCGGCCAGAACUGUCCGAGCUAUCAGGCGCUUGAGGAGCAUAAAAGAAAUGUUCACAAAGUAAACCCUGGAAUUGUGUCAGCGAAUGUUAAACAAGAACAAGUGUGCAAAGUUGCACAAAGCGCACAAAAAAACACACCCACUGAUUUUCAAUGUCACAUCUGUCUGCGCUAUUAUCCUAAGCUUCAGUCGUUGAAGGACCAUGUGAGAAAAGUUCAUCGUCCCAAACAGCCAAAACCAAUCAAUCUGACCGUUGUAGACCCGUUCCGUUCUGGCCAGUUUCAGUGUCAGAUCUGUAUGCGUGCAUAUCCUGACAUCAAAUCCUUGAAAAAUCAUAGAAGGAGAGUGCAUCGUAUUUUAGGUGGCGUGUUUCAGUCGGCAAAGGGAACUGAGCAAAAUCGCACACCUGAUCACUUUCAGUGUCAGAUAUGUGGAAGCAGCUAUCCAGAUAUAAGUGCCCUUCAAAACCACAAAAGGACGGCCCAUCGUGUCUUUGGAGGUCUUGAGCUAGGGAACCACUCAGCAAAGCCAACCCAAUCAGUGCAGGUGUCAAAUUUGCAGCCAUCUUGAUUUAAUGACACUAAAAAGGAUUAAGUCUUGCCUGUAGAUACAGUACAGCUAGAAUAGAUUGUUAAGUGUUUAUGCAUUAGGUGAUGAAAGUGGAUGUGAGUUUACUGGCUUCACUUUAUUGCUUAAAACUAUUUUGGAUGCAAUUACUUUAAUUACAUUUGUACAUUAUUUCAACAUACAGGACACUCCUGUGGACAUAUUAUAGAAAAUCAGCAGAGUGGUCAAGAAUUUCGAAUUUGAAAUUGUUUGAACAAUGAUGUUUCAUAACUGUUCAGUAGAGUUAUAGUUUAAUGAGUUAUUACAUUACAUAAUUCUUUUUGUUGUAUUUUAGGUGGCUUUGCUUAUUAUUUGCUCAAUACACUGUAAAAUAGCACUGUAGAUAACCUUUUUUUAGAGAGUCGUUGUGUAUUGUCAGUGAUUUGUAAAUAAUAUGAUGUAUUCAUACAUGUUGUAUGUUGCUUCAAUAAACAACAAUGACAACGUU